GUGAGUUUAACAUCAGGGUCAGUCCCCUCCGCACCUCUCCGCCUGGGCGUGUCCCUAAUCAGCUUUACCUGUGCGAAUUUCCGGGUAAAUGCGCUGAGGAGAAAAGGAGGAGGCAGCACUAAAAGGGUUUACACAAGACACACCUGGACAGCGCGGGAAGCAUCUCGUCCUGCACGCCCACCAAGGCUUACCUCCCGAACAACACACACCUGCGGCUGCCCAUGUCCUACUGUGCCCAGGUGUGUGACUCCAUCUCCUACUGCCACGCUUUCCGUCUCCAAGACGAGGAGUGCCACAUCACCCCCCUCUACCUGACCUCCGGCUACUCAAUGACACAGGGGGAACCAGACGCCCUGCCCUUCUACCACCUCCUGUCCAUGAAGCACUACUUUCCCAACGCCGACCUUGCCUACCGCGCCACGGUGACAGCCGCCUCCAACUCCUUUGAGGCGCCUACUUUCGAAAAGACGGGCGGCGUGCUGUGUACCCGCGCGAAGUGUCCCUGCACCAGCGCCAAGAACCACUCCGUCAUCGUGGACCUCGGCGCCAGUCUCUACGUUAAGGAGGUGCACGCCGUCACCUUCAGUCCUCCGCAGACCUACUCGCAGAAGUUCUACGCUUAUGUGGGGGAUGAGGACAACAAGUUUGCCUCUCGUUACUACCUUGGUCAGCUGAGUGGAGGGGCGAACACCUUUGUGAUACGCCCCGCAAAAAAGAUCCAGUUCGUUACCUUCCUCAAGUCCGACGACCGCCUGUGUCUGUGCCUCGUGCAAGCUUUCUAAGGCCAGGGAAUGACGCCCCCAGUAAGGGCCGCGCCGCCGAGGACAAGGUGGCAAUGGGCCGCUUACUGAGCCGCUACUUCUUCAGUACAUUUACAAGCUGCUGAAAGAAUCAAAUAUGGGCAUGAAAAUUAUAUCGGAAUGUAAUGCAAUUUGUAUCAGUGCUUGAAU